ACCCGUCAGGAAGAAGAAAAACAAAACAAACCCGAGAGAGAGGAGAGGAGCUGUAACAGUAACAGCGUGUGGACUCCAUUGAAAAGAGGGGCCUUAUUAUCCCCACAUACACGAGGUCCGACAGAAGAAGUGAGACGUAUGCGAAGGCGUCCUGAAAACCUGAAGCAUACAGAGAACCACACAAGACCACAACAGACCAGACCAGACCAGGUUGAGCCCAAACCUGACUGACACCCCCCCCUCCCCUUUCCCCCCCAGCCUUGCAGGCUGCAUCCACCGGAUCGUCUCCUUUUAUCAGUAAUUCAUUGCACUGAUCGGACGACCUCAGACCUCUGGGACUCGACAGGACGCCCAGAGGUUCUCCUAACUGGAGCUCUAAGCUGUGCCUGGCAAUGCCUCAGCCCAGCACCAGUGGGAUGGAGCCUCCCUUUGCUGACGCCUUUCAAAACUACUCGUUUGCUGAUCAGGCCCUCACCAGCACUGAUCUGCUCGCCACCAGCUCUGACCCAGAUUUCAUGUACGAACUGGACAGAGACAUAACCCACCGGCAGAGCCCCUGUGGGGACAGCAUCGUGGGGGUCGGGGACGGAGGAAAGGAGAUGGAGGGCAGUGUGGAUCAGCUCAUGGGUCUCGGCGAGUGUGAGACGGUCUGCAGCAGUUCAGCGUUCGAACAGUGGGACUCCUACUGGGAAGACCUCACCAGAUACACACGGCUGGCCAGCUGUGACAUCUGGGGAACCAAAGAGGUGGAUUUCCUUGGAUUAGAUGACUUCUCUAGUCCCUACCAGGACGAGGAAGUGAUUGGUCGAACCCCGACGCUGGCUCAGCUCAACAGCGAGGAUUCGCAGCCUGUGUGUGAGGCGCUCUACCCCCCUGCUGACCUGACCCUGCCUGCACCUCAGUCUCAGCCGUCCCUGCUUUCCUGUCACAGUAAGAGACCCCUGGUCCCUGGCCAGGGAUCGGGCCCCGUCUCUGCACGGCCGUCCCCAAGCUCUUCCUUUUCCCGUCCUUCCCGCAGCCUUCUCCCAGACUUUCCUGAAGGCUCUCAAAAAGCCACCAGACCUGUCCCCUCCAGCACUGAGACUAUGGCCAAGACCCAGAACCUCCUCAGUCUCACCCACGACCACGGCCAAGCUCAAACCAAGCCCCAGGGGCGGGGAACCAAGAUGGCAGCCCCAACUUCUACCAGCACUCACUUUGUGCAACAGGCUAAAGUCCGUGUGUGUGCUGUGCAUAAAACUCAGCCCGACAUGCCCUCCCAGAUGGAUUUUGAGAGGUCAGAUCCACCUCUACCUCUCUCCCAGCCCCAAGACAAGAAGGCCUGCACUUCAGCGAGUGCCACCUUGGUGGUAAUUCCUGCUGCUGCAGCCAGCUGCUCUGCCAGCCUGACGAGCUUUGAGAGGAGGGCAGAUGGGACAGGAAGGAGGGAGAUACCUGUAGGCUGGUCUGCCACCAUGCCUCAACUGGUCGAGGCGAGCCAGGCUCUGGAGGGCAGCACCUCUGGGCUGGUCAGCAGCGGAGACAGUGUGGCAGGGGCUAGCGGCGGUGGCGGCGUUCUAACUGUCGAGUGCACAGAGAAGAGCAAGGAGGAGGAGCACAACUACUCUCUGUUCCUGACCCGCAGACUGGCCAGCAGAGCCCACUCCCAGGUGGAAGAGGACGAGGAGGAGGAGGAGGAGGAGGAAGAGGAUGAGGAAGAACCGGAGGAGGAGGAAGGCGACGGGCUUGAGAUGGAUGACGAAGACCACGAUGAGGGUUUCGGCAGUGAGCACGAGCUGUCAGAGAAUGAUGAGGAGGAGGAGGAGGAUGAGGAGGAGGAUGAAGACUACGAAGCUGACAAGGACGACGACAUGAGUGACGCCUUCUCUGAGCCAGGCUGUGACAUGGAGCUGAUGGAGGACAUAAAAGGCCUGACAGCAGGAGUCUCCAGCCGGAAAAGAGGCAAGCGUCGCUACUUCUGGGAGUAUAGCGAGCAGCUCACUCCCUCUAAACAGGAACGUAUGCUAAAGCCAUCUGAGUGGGACAGACACACGCUGCCUAGCAACCUGUACCAGAAGAACGGGCCUCUCCAUGGAAAGUAUAUGCUGAAGAAGUCUCGCCGCACAGACGUGGAAGACCUGACUCCCAAUCCACGCAAGCUGCUGCAGAUCGGCACUGAGCUCCGCAAACUGAACAAGGUGAUCAGCGACUUGACCCCCGUCAGUGAGCUGCCGCUGACCGCACGACCGCGGUCACGCAAGGAGAAGAACAAGCUGGCGUCCAGAGCUUGUCGUUUAAAAAAGAAGGCCCAGUAUGAAGCAAACAAGGUGAAGCUCUGGGGACUCAGCACAGAAUACGAUCGGCUGCUGUUUGUGAUCAAUGCCAUCAAGGAGGAGAUAGUUGCCCGAGUGGAGGACUCAUCUCCGCGUCCGACCAACAUGGCUGACACUCUGGAGAAUCUCAUCCAGGAGACACUCGUGGCAUCACCUGUUGCUGGGCAGACUUCAGACUUCGUCAACAAGAUCUUGGAGAACACAGGACGCGGCGAUCCCACCGGCGGACUAGUCGGCCUGCGAGUCCCCACCUCCAAAAUCUAGACAAACCGCGGUCCACUGAGAGGAGUGGACUAAAUAUUACCACCGUGCUGUCCCAUUGUAACUAUGCUCCCCUCUGCAUGCACCUCCAACCCAGAGUACAUACACAUUGUUAGUCACACAAACACACAUACCACUCCCUGUGUGUAUGUAUGUGUGCUUGUUUUAGCCAUGCACAUGUAUGGCAUACACCCUAGCUUCCUGUCUCUCUGCACACUGUGCGCAGAGUCAGUGCGUCACUGUCUCCCAACCCAUCGUGAGCGUCUGUUGGGAAAAAAAGCAAGGGAUGGUUAGGUGUAUAGCUAAUAGCACGUCCUAAAUCCACUGGUGAUUAUUAGAUGUGUUUAACAUAGUGUUGUGUAGGGUCGGCUCUAUCGGAGGUCUGCUUCCGGGGCUGACACGGAGACAGUCACAUGAGUGUAACCACUGGAAUACUUUCACACAAUUUGUUUGAGGUUGUAAUGACAGAGGAAGGAUUACACGUCAGACACCAUCAAAGGAUGGAAGAAGUUCCAGUUAUCAAUACCUAGAGGAGGUUCACAUGGCAACAAAAAUUAACUCCAGGAUGUUAAAUUGACCCACUCAAAAGUACUUUGAUGAAAACAGCUUUGGUUGCCAAGACAGCUGCAGAGAAAAAAAAGAGCAGGGUUGCUCCGAGGCGUUUCGGGGUGGCUGGAAAUAUUUUGUAUUGAAGGCCUAAAUAUGUUCAUGCCAUCCCCUGUUUGCCAAUCAGGUCUGCUGUUGUUAAAAUGUAGGAGUUAACUUUUAGCAAAACAAAGCUCGAAACAAAAAAGGCAGCAGAAGCUUAAAGUUAAAAUUAGACUUUUAAUGAUUAAGCGACAGACAUCCUGCUGGGUUGAAGUUAACGGCAGGCAGGAGUGAGCUUAAUGGCUCAUUUUGAGGACGUUAACUUAAUCAGCAGGAGGUGGUUGACCAUGUGGAGAGGAAGUGCAUGUAGUUUGGUGCUUUUUGGCCUUGUGCUGGUUAUAACUGGACUGGGUGAACCGGGCAUUUUGCCAGAAUGGGAGCAGACUGUGAGGAAGAUGAUGAUGUUGGCGAUGAAGAUGACAUAAACAGUAAUCCAUCUCCUCUAGGAAACUGUACAUAAAAGUGUCUCCCAGUGAAAAACGGCACCGGCUCCCCUUUUUGUACAGUAGAGAUGACCAGGCUAACAGUUUGGUGUGUUCAUACUAGUGUUUGAUCAGAGUUCUAUUCAUUGUGCCUUGUGUAUGUAUGUGUGUGUUUCUGUAGGUCUGAGUGAGUGUGUGUGAGAGGGUUUGAACGAGGAGAGGUGAUUGGUCAGAACUCCCUGAGGUCCAGCCAAGGAGAGGACAGCUUUACACUGAGGGAGGUUGUUAGUGAAUGCGAGGAGGGAGACAACUUCGGGGGUUGUGUGUUUUUCAGUUGUCUGAAGAUAUUCUGAAUGUACAUAAAAAAAGUGGAAGCUCUCGUUGCGUCAUGCCACAGAGUCUGUGUAUAUAGGAGGGCUCUGCAAUGGAUUACUUUUGGUUUUUGGUACUCUGUCUUUAGGGAUUGGGGGAGGGUUAACAGAUAUUUUCGUUUAGAGUUACAAAAAAAUAUUUGCACACUAUAUUUUGAUUGUUUUUUGUACCAAAGACACAUGCAACGAAAUGGCGACCAGCCAGUUAAAGUAAGGUUUUGCACAGCUUACCUGACGCCGUAUUGAAUGUAAGAAAUGUGGGAGGGUCAGGGAACUUCUUAGAACUGUGAAAUUAGCUUGGGUCCAAUUCUGUACAGAAAAGGAACAUUCAUUCAUUUUUUUAAAUCUGAAAAUUAACCCCAUCUGUGGGCUUCUCCAGUAGACGUGUUGCUUAGCAAGCACUUCAUUCCUGAACUGAUUCCUCCCUCCACAUGCUAAUUGUUUUAAUGGCGCUAUCUAGGACAAAAAACCCAAGAGCGCUAGUAGAUAAGCUAUGUUACAUUUUUGUUUGUCAAAAUGUCACCAACAAUAACCAAAAUGUUUUGUUCCUGUUUUCGCUUGAUUUCUGUAUGUAGACGAGGUCUAGUUCAUCAACAAAAUAUUAACUGAAUUGUGUUUUAAAGUACUGUAUAUAGAAAUAUUAAUGCUAUAUCUAUCAAUGGUGAAAUGCCACUUUUCAUGACAAUUGAUUCAUUUUUAAGCAUGACACAUUUCUAAAGCCUAUCCUUGCAUUGAGAAGUUAGAGGAAAAAAAAAACACAAAAACCAAAAAAAAAGAAGUUCUCGUUAUAUUUUUGUACUUUAGCUGCCUGCUAUCUUUCGUGUUGGUUUGGAAGUAUUCGUUGAGUGGAGAGAAGGAGAUGCGAGAGGAGAAAGGUCUUAAAGAGCAGCCAGUCGAUCUGAUAGUUGGAUAAAUAAACCGACACUUGACCCCUCCGGUCUCCUUUGCUGGCUGAAGGAUAUACAGAGAAUCAGGACUGGAUUCAUUUGAAACACAAUGCAGUGACGCCAUGGCCUAGUGUGAAUGGUCUAUAAAGAGAAUGAGGACAUGCUGUCUUUAGCAAAGACAGGGAUUUGUCAAGGAAAGCAAGAAACUCUGAGGACAACAAUGUGGAGAUGUGAGAAAGCCAAAGCCAUUUGAGUCUGUCCCAGAUUGAUCUGGAUUCAGUGCAUUGUUUCUCCUCUUUGACCAUGAAAUCGGUUGAAUUUUGCAUUUCCUGGGAUUGGCAUUGCUGCCUUUGAGGUCGCAUUGCUGAAUUUAAUCUGCCUGGCCUUGCCUUCGGUCCUCAGCUCACAUCCUUCCUGACCGGUCACAGCCGCAAACUUUCUUCACCAAAACACGCAGAGUUACAAUAUCCAGGCCACAAAUUGGCAGCAUGUCCAACAUUUAGAAAUGCAUGAUGCCUGUAUGCUUGCCUCCCUGCUGCCUCCUCAGAGAAAAUGCCGCCAAUCCCGGGAAUUUUAAAAUUCAACCAGAGUUCACUCCGUUAGCAGGCGAAUACAAACAAAAGAUACGCGUUUGACAAGGCUGAAUUCAGGUUAGCUUGAAGUGAUGAAAGUACUCCUUCACAGAAUGAACUCUGAUGAUGGUGAUGCAGAGCUGUGGUCUUUCAGUAUCACGUGAUUGAAUAACAGCUAGUGCUACAUAUAUAUAUUUUUACUGAUUUCUGUUCCGUCUAAAAAGGGAGAAAUGGUGCUUUUUUUCUGAAACUAGAAUGAUGAGUAUCCAUGAUUCUUAUUCGAUUUCUUAGUUCUAGUUGUAGCCUAAUGACUUGCUCUCCCCUACCGUCCAUAGCUAUUUUCUUAGUAGUGAUUCAUUUUUUGUAAAUAGACUAUAAGUUAAUAUGUAUCUUCUAAAUGUUAGAUAUAUGUAUAGAAUACUCUAUCGUAUAUGUUUGAAAACAAAAGCACUUUGUCCAAAAAAGGAAAAAAACAACAAAAAGAAAAGCAUUUUUUUCUUCCAUUUGCUGCUAAAAGGCCUGGUGUGAAUGCUGCAAGUGUACUUGACGACUACUUGCUAGGAUGGAUCUAUUACCUGAUGUGGCUAGGUCUAUAAACUAGCAGGGAAUAGGUGUACGGCCUGACGAGGGUUAGGUCUACAUGUUUCUGGAGCCAUGUAAUGAUAUGAUGUGUUGUAUGAGCGCAUAUCAUUGCUUGACUUUGGGAAGCCCAGUCUCUUGACAGGAUAGGUCUAUUUCCUGGCCAGGAACCGUGUGGAUAGUGUGUUUGUGGUCUUAAAAAAAAAGAGGGUUUUGAUUCCAGGGCCCCUACGUUGAUCCUGAUGCUGACCCCCUUGGCGUCAUGAUUCAUUUGCCUUCAGUAGAGGUUUCCUAUGGAAAAACAAAUUCUGCUUUGGCUUCCUCUUCAGGGUGAUGUACAGUGUAGACACAUUUCUCCAGAGAGCUAUAUUGUUAUCAUUUGUAAACUGAUUUCUACUUGUGACUUAAUGAGGAGGGGGUUUAGCCUAGGGCGGCCAGGAAGAGCCCGUUUGAAAGAUGUUGUUCCGGGCCGCCUUGGGGGAAGUUACUAUAUCACUGUACUGUAUGGCAAGCCAGUUACAAAUGGAGACUCAAUCCGGACACUUAUUGCCUUUUUGAACUUUUCACUUACACACAAACAAAAAUAAUAACUUGGCAGGCAUGUCAGUUGCCAAGGGGUGUGUCCGAGGUUUAUGACAUUGUUCUGCCAAUACACGGUCAACAACAACAACAACAACAACAAAAUCAUUCAGCCUGAUUGGCUCAAAACAACCUUGACUGAAGUAGCAGACGUGAUGAAAUAUGGCUGAAAAAUGGCUUCAAAGAUUUGAGUGCUCAGGUGGGACAAUAUUUGAAGCAAUUCUUUUCAGCUACAUUUUGGUCUGGUAGGGGGUCAACGGUGGUUAAAGGGCUGCUGGUUGGCCAACAGUAGACCAGCUCAGCGGAGCGCGUGUGUUUUGUAGUCGAUCACGAGGCUGAUUCAAGAAAGAGUCCUCACAGGUUUUUACAUUUAACAUGAUAGGCGCAAGCUGUGCAACUUUACAUUCAAGCAAGGAGACUCUGUGGCAUUUUAACAGUCAAGGAAAUGAGUGAAAAUCCACGCCAGUAAAAAUAUUCCUUAUUCUUUUUAUUUCUUGUUGAUAUAAAUCCUAUACAGUCAACUAUUAAGCUAAUAGAGUGUGUAACUUUGUGCUACUCUUGUCCAAUACAAGCUAAGUGGAUCCAUAAAGCUCUUCUUCAGCAAAUCAGGGUAAUAUCGUUCUUCUAUCUGACAUAUGUGAUGACAUAUAAAAUCAAAAGAAAAUAUAUUUAUGUAUUCCAAUUAUUGUCGCCAUUCUUUACUCUGUACAAAAUAUUUUGUGUGUGUGUGUGUGUGUGUUAUGAAUUAUCAAUGUCAAUCAAUAUAGUGCAAUGCUCUCUACACAAACUGAAAAAAAAAGGCCAACAGACUUGUCACAAUAAUUCACAAAGUUUCUCCGCUUUCUCCAGAUCGGUAUUCAAGCAUACACAACUUACAACAUUUUCCUCUCACUAAGGAUUUGACUCUGAUUUCCUGCCGUGAUCCAAAUGGGGUUUUGUCACAUGGUGCUGAUCACUUGUCAUUAUCCAAGAAACCAUCCAAGAUUUAAAAUUGCAUCUGUAUUUUGAUCCACUCACAGAUAACGUGAUUAUUGUUCUCAAUAUUUGUCCUCAGACCAGACUUCCCCUCCCGAUCAUUUUCAUUUAUUUUAACUGUCCCUGUUGGACCAAUCAGAGAAAGAUUGUUACUCUGAACAACAACAGAAUGGUGAUUUCUGUGUUAUUGAGCUGUAUGAUCGCUAUUGUUAAGAAUACCAUUAUUUCUUUUGUAAAAGUCAGACUCCUGGAUUUGAUACCACUGCCUAAAGUCACAGAGGAUCUUUAUUUCAUCUGAGAGGUGCAUAAUAUUCACCAGAACUGCUAACUAAAUGCACUUAUUCUGGUGUAUUGUUGAUUUAAAUAGCAAGUGGAAUUUCUAAUGUUAACAUGUUACAUGGUAACAUGAUAUAUAUUCAACUUGUGUAUUCAAGAACAAUCUCCAGAGGAAAUGUUUUGUAACGCUUUUUUAUAUUAUUGUUUCUGUAAUUUUUGCAUAAUUUCAAAGAAGUUUCCUUGAAAGAGCUAUGCAAUUUGGUAAAAUAAUAAUUCAUACACUUACAGUUAAUCAAUUCCAGUCUUAGUCCGUGCAAAGCAGGUCAGCUGAACAAAACACAAUUCAACAUAUAUGGAGAAUAGAAAUUCAAUAAUGAGUGAGAUAUACUUGAAAUUAAAGCUGCACUAAUCAAUAUUUAUGUAUAAAAAUAUAUAUACACGAAUACUUCAUGUAAAGUGACAGGUGUUGCACGUAGUAAUGAACCCACAGAGGACUGAAUAGACUGCAGCUUCCCUCAGCUAUACUGAGAUUCCCUCAGCUAUACUGAGAUUUUUAGUAUCUUUAAGCUCAUUGUUUUGGUUUUUACGUCCCACAACUUCACUGUUUUGGUUUAGUCUUGCCGCUCUCAUCAGCGUAGUUUCCAGCCCCGGCUGUAAAGCUCUAAAAACCCACUGUUCACUAUCUGCUCAGGACCAAACGGCAGACAGUUAUCUGGUGAAUAUAGUGGAACAUUUAGCUGCUAAAUAUCCAGAUAUUUCUGUCAGGAGUUGGUAGAGACCAAAACAGAGUUAAAAGAGAGUUAAUAUUGGACAGACACACGACUCAAAAUGAAUGAUACUGUUUGCUAACAUGUUCACCACAACAAAUUUAGGAGAAAAGAUACAUAAAGAAACUUCUUAGGAGGUUAUUAGGAAAUUACAGUUCUGUAAGAUGAGCGUUACCAAAUAUUUUUAUCUCAAUAAAUUGGGUUUGUAAAAAAAAAAAAAAAAAAAAAAUGACCUCACCUCCUGCUGGUUGUGAUGUCAGAUCUCAGAGUCUGGUUUCAAGUUUCUUGCGGGGCAUUUGAAAUGUUUCCCGUCUUGUUCGGACCCAUGUGGGCUGCCCUCGUUGCCUGUCAAAACGUCUUCAGAGGCUACCACCCUCCACAUUUUCCCUGUGUAACAAACAGAAAUGUACUCUGUGACAAAAAAAAACAAAACGCAGUAGGAAUGAUGUUUCUGCAUGCCGAUUCCCUGCAUAGCACUGAGAGAAUCAAGUGACGUCUGGAGUUCUUUGUAGAUUGGGAAAUAAUUUGGCCAAUCAACUGAAAUCCAUCGUCACAAAGUUCACUUACUGCACUCUCAGUCGAAUGAUUUCAUACUUGCUGCUAUUGAAUGAGCACAAAGAGACUUUUUGGUUUAGAGUGUCCAUGACACAAUUACAGUAUAUUAUUACAACACACCCUGUUUUUUUUUUCUCCACACCUUUUUCCUACGACAGUCAAAAGACCAACAGUGUUACUCACCUUGCACUUGGUUUUUGAAUUUGAUGCCUGCUGAACCAGGUGCCUUAAUCAAAUAUAUGAGAACACAAAUCUGCACCUUCUGUCAGUCUGGAGGGGGUUUCCCGACAGAAACGAGGGGCUGGGUUUCCCAAAAACCUAAACUUGAAGUACAAAAAUGAAAUGAAAACCUAAUUUUAACCCUAAAUCAAUACAUUUUUUUUUUAUAAUAAUCAGCCUUUAGCAGCAGAGAAGCUGUUUGUCAUGUCUGCAUAGGAUGUCCCUUUCAAAGUAUUUCCGAAGAAGAGCAUAAAUGUAAACUAAAUUGAUGUUUUGGGAAACCUGGUUCAAUUUUUUAACUAUUUCUCUGCCCACCAUGCCACGUUAUUGUGUUUUCUGUAUUGGCUGCUGCUGCUAUCACCGCUGGUGUGUCCGUGUAGAGAAGAGCAAACUUCCACUGUGUCUGAGGCAGAGGGAGACUUGGGCCUGCUUUUUACCUAGUCAAUUACAAUGCAUUCUUCUUAUUCUUCUGUGGUUUUGACAUGGAGCACCGUGUUGCUGCCUCUUGAGACCUUUUUCGAGAAAAACAAAACAAAAAAGCAUAAAACAGACCUUUUCGUUUCUUAACUUUGCUAUUAUGAAGUGCCAGACCCUCCUUGAAGUCAGUGUUGGCACUGAGUCGCAGGUUGCGGAUGAAGCAACAAACUGAGCAUGGAGGUAAACUGUGGUGCUAAUCUGUCAGUGGCUGGGUGCUAACAUGGCUGUGUUAAAAAGCUGUAUUAGCCAUAUUAUUCCUUCUGUCGAUGACUCUGGUCAGUCUUUUGUUUCUGACUGCUGUAUGCUGACAUAGCGAGGUAUAACUCUGCUGCUGCUGCUGCUUUGCUGAUGAAUGUAGACUAGUCUUCCUCAGCAGGAUCAUACAGACAGACGCGAGUGUCUGGUGGAGCUUUUCCUGUUGUGCUACUUCCUGUUAGACUUUUGUUUUGGAACACAGAGGGAGACUGUUGUCGUCAGGAUCCUGAAAGAUCAUGAAUGUUGUAUC